CGGAGACGCUUCACGAAUCGUCCGAUAAUAAUUGGAGACCGCGAUCACGGAGUUGCAGAGUCACGUUGCCUGGCUGCGUUAUGAUAAAAAGUCGCGUCCCGAAGGUCGGUCUGAUAAAUACGAAAAAUAUCGGUAUUAUUCUACACAUAUUUAAGGCGAUUCGUUUCGAUAGUGCUGCGCUGAUAGCGGUUUCUGUUCCGAAGUCGUCGCUGAUUUGUGUGACAAUAUAGUCGAGCGUUGUCGUGUCACGUGCCCACGUCGUGUUGUGUUUAUUCGCCGUUCUGUUGCAACCGUUUUGAUCGGAGAAUCUUUGAACGAACGAGUCUCGCGCGCUCUCGGGAAGUGCUCGCCGAAAGUGAAUAGGCAUAACUUUUGUAUCAAAGGAAACGAUUUGAAUCAUGCACGGUUUCUCGAAAUUGGAUGCUGGCGAUGGAGAAGUGAAAUUAUCCGGAAAAAGGAAAGAUGCGCAGGCAUUUCGUGAGAGGACCAAACGCGAUGCCCUGAUCGAGCUUCAAAGGGAAUUGGAUAGACUAGAGUCGACAGCGACUGCGGAUGCAAAAGACGAAGUUCAACGACAUUUUGCUGGCUUUACACACCUCUUCAAAAGAUUUCUUGAAAACGACGGGCCGUCGCUAGAAUGGGAACGUAUACAAAAACUUCCAGACGACGCGAUAAAAGAUUACAAUUCAUUGCCAAUACCGGAAGGAGAAGAAAUCAGACGCCUUUUAAAUAAAUUAGUGGUUAUUAAAUUAAAUGGCGGACUUGGGACUAGCAUGGGAUGCCAUGGACCGAAGUCUGUAAUUGCAGUUCGUAAUGGACUCACGUUUCUUGAUCUCACAGUUCAGCAAAUUGAGUAUUUAAAUAAAACAUACGCUGCAAACGUCCCAUUGAUUUUGAUGAAUUCUUUCAACACGGACGACGAUACCCAACGAAUAAUCAGAAAAUACAAAGGUAUCGACGUCGAUAUUCAAACGUUUAAUCAAAGUUGCCAUCCUCGUAUCAACAGAGAUUCUUUGCUUCCAAUCGCCAAACACUGCGAUGUUCCCAACGACAUUGAAGCGUGGUAUCCUCCAGGUCAUGGAGAUUUUUACGAAAGUUUCCGGAAUUCAGGUUUACUGGACAAGCUUCUAAAACAAGGUCGCGAGUAUUGUUUCAUUUCAAACAUCGAUAACUUGGGCGCAACUGUAGAUUUCAAAAUUUUGAAGUUGUUAUUAGACAAACGUGAUUGUGCCCCUCCUCUUGAGUUCCUAAUGGAAGUUACUGACAAAACAAGAGCAGAUGUUAAGGGAGGAACGUUAAUUCAAUACGAAAAUAAGCUUCGACUUCUGGAAAUUGCUCAAGUUCCAAAAGACCACGUAGAUGACUUCAAGUCUGUAAAGACAUUCAAGUUCUUCAAUACAAAUAAUUUGUGGAUAAAACUCAGCGCCGUCGAAAGACUACUUGAAUCAAAUUCCUUGAAUAUGGAAAUAAUCGUUAAUAACAAGACUUUUUCCAAUGGUUUGAACAUUAUUCAAUUGGAAACGGCCGUGGGGGCGGCAAUGAAAUUGUUCGAAGGAUGUAUUGGUAUAAACGUGCCACGUAGCAGAUUUUUGCCAGUAAAAAAGACUUCAGAUUUAAUGCUUGUUAUGAGUAAUUUGUAUACUCUGCGUAAUGGUUUCUUAUCGAUGAGCCCACAACGUAUGUUCCCCACAACGCCUCUCAUAAAAUUAGGCGAUAAUCAUUUUUCAAAGGUCAAAGAGUUUUUGACCAGAUUUCCUACGAUACCGGACCUUUUGGAAUUAGAUCACUUGACAGUGUCCGGUGACGUAACUUUUGGAAAAGAAGUGACACUUAAAGGAACUGUCAUUAUUAUCGCCAAUCACGGAGAGCGCAUUGAUCUUCCGUCCGGCACAAUUUUAGAAAAUAAAAUAGUUUCCGGUAAUCUACGUAUUUUGGAUCAUUGAAUGGUCCAUUGUAGGAAAGAAUUUAAUGUUUUUGGUCGUUAUGAAUUAAUAUAAUUUACUAUAUGUAUAUAUAUAUACAUAUUUUAAUCAUAUAUAUAUAUAUAUAUACAUAUAUAUUUCAAGUG